AUGCAUCUCUCUCCCUGCCAUGCUGCCAUCCCACCAGGUGUGUGUAGCACGGCCGUGCUGCUGGGUCUGGCUGAACACGACGGUUUUUUAGUUGACUCAAAAUCCAUCCCAUUCUCAUCUCUUGCUGCCCUCCCCAUCACCACCCGUCCCACCAGGCGUGUGCCGCACGGCUGUGCUGCUGGGUCUGGCUCAACACGACGGGCAGGACGCUGCCACGGUGAGAGUGAGAGUGGGGGUGAGGGUGAGAGUGAGGGUGAGAGUGGGGGUGAGAGUGGGGGUGAGAGUGAGAGUGGGGGUGAGGGUGAGAGUGAGGGUGAGAGUGGGGGUGAGAGUGGGGGUGAGAGUGGGGGUGAGAGUGAGGGUGAGAGUGGGGGUGAGAGUGAGGGUGAGAGUGGGGGUGAGAGUGGGGUGAGAGUGGGGGUGAGAGUGGGGGUGAGAGUGGGGGUGAGGGUGAGGGUGAGGGUGAGAGUGAGAGUGAGGGCGAGAAUGAGGGUGUUGGGAGUGGGCGGGGUGCCAGAGCGAGCCGUAUGGCUGCUGGAAGUGGCUCGCCAGGUGGAGGAUGUGGAGAGGCUAAGGGGCAGGUAUGGAUGUGGAGAGAAAAGGGGCAGGUAUGGAUGUGGAGAGGCUAAGGGGCAGCCGGAGGACCAGCUCGCAUUGGGCUCGUAUGCACCGCCGACAGCAGCUGCUUUGCUGCAACCCUCGUCCUUCCCGCCCCUCUUCUCUCCGGACCUGCUCACGCGCGCCAAAGCUGGUGCUGCUGCCAGGUGCGAGUCGGUGGUGAGAGCAACUCAAGGCCUGCUGUGCGUCCCUCCCGCACCUCCUGCUUUCCCCCUGCAGCAGCAGCAGCAGCAGCAGCAGCAGCAGCAGCAGCAGGGGGGGGGACGGCAUAGAGGAGGCGGGGCAGCGCCUGGUGGAGCUGCGUUCCGAGACAUCUCUCAACCUGUGCAUUCCUCCCGCUUCCCCCAUGCCUCCUCCCAGCAGCAGCAGCGGGGACAGCAGGGGGGAAGGCAUAGAGGAGGCGGGGCAGCGGCUGGUGGAGCUGCUUCUGAGGCGCAUAAAAAAUGCACACCCCUCCGUCCCCUAUGCCGCCUCUGA